AGCUGUCAUUUUUUGACGUCUAUGUAGCCGACGACACAUGUGUGAACUCCCGUUGGUUUUGUGUUUAUGAAACAGUUGAUCAGUUAGCAGUAGUCGGUUGGUAUAUCUUUACCAAAUCUUUGGCCGAACCGUAACGAUAUAUUUUUAAACCUGUUGUGUCGAGAUCAGGCAAGUUCUUGAAAAUAGCAUAAGAUUUUUACAUUAGUGCUGACACAUACACAUAUUUUCGUCAUAUUACGACCAGUUUAGGAAACAUGAAGAUUUUCUGUAAGAACAACCAUAAAAGAAUAUGAGUGAUAAACCCAAACCAUCUAAGAGAGUUAUCGUUUAUGAAGAAUUUGUUGAUGCCUCCACCGAUGUUUCUGAAAAUGAUAUUCGGGAAUACGGUCAACGUUUAGGAAUUGAUCUCGCAGCUAAUCCAACAUUAACAACUUUGGUGAGGGAUUGGAUCUUACAACCUCUGCCUCGCUUUUGGUUCCCAUGUCUUGACACUCGAACGGGCCAGUGGUUUUAUUCAAAUGCUUUGAACGGUCAGUCAAUUUGGCAUCAUCCUCUUGAGGAAAUCCACAGGAAUUUGGCUCAAGAGUAUUUAUCCUGUCAGAUAAUUAGAGAAAGGGAGAACCCAGAAGGAGAGUCAUCGGAACAAUCCAUGGAAAGUGGUUUGAGCACAAAGGGAUUUGGGGGCCUCUCAUCUUCCACUAUGGGAGGCAUCACACCCGUCAAAACGCCGCUUCCUCGAACACUGGCACCAUUGAAAAGAAUUCCAAAAAUUGAAUCAACAACAAAUGUACUGACAACGUCUCCGAAUCCUCUGCCUCCUUUUUGUGUUCCAACUUCACCUCAUUCGCACAACGAACAAGUUCGACAGGUGUCGUUUUCUACAUUCAAAUCGAGCGACACCAUAUCUUCACUUUUACCUGGAGAUCUCCUUUUUGAAAAUCGUGAUCGUCCAACCACCGUAGUGGCGCCUUUUAACCAUUCCAUUCUGCCAGUUUCAACGGCAGGAAGCCUUCAUAGUAAAAUAACGAAUUCAGAAGAUGAUCACCCACCCCAACAAACGAAACAAGUCCCAGUUUACCCUACUUCCGGAAGUAGAAACUUGAGUCCAUUAACAACUGAUAAAAUUAUCGUUAAAGAGCUCUCGACUUCCGUCUCUAAUUUUCAAUUGGAACCUGUAGUUCAGCAAUCGAAGCCACGAAUAAGUUUCACUGAACGUCUAGCCGCAAAAAAAGCGUCUCAAAGACUCAAAAGCAACGAAUCUUCCGAAUCGUGUCUGUCGAAUGCGAACGAAACGGAUCACACAAGUGCAAUGAAUUCGGAGAAGAGACACGUUCAUUUUGAUAUAGAACCAAAUCACUACCACCAAUAUACCCCGGAAUGUUCUGAAGAAAACAAGGCGACCGAAAGGUCAGAAUCUUCAAGCUCGGAAGACAUUCUAGACUUGGUAGGUGAUCCUGAAUAUUUGAAACCGCUAACCGAUGUUCAAUGCUACCCGACAGCGUACGAAGAGAAAAGAUGGGAGGUGUCAUUCACCUCAUUUGGCUUGACGUCUCCAAACAUUUCACCAGUCAAGAUUUCAACUGCCUUUAUUGAUAAUGAAGAUUCUAAUGAAAUGGUGACGCGUUUCAAUUCCGAAUACUGCCCUAGUCCGUUGUCUGCCAGUGAAAAGAGUGACAACGCUGAUAUGGUAGAAGACGAAACUACCAUAUGCCCUGAUAAUAUGCAAAAUGAAGCAGGCGAAGAAGCCGAAAACUGUAUCCCAGCAUUGAAAACGAACCUCGAGUCUCGUAUAGUGACCAAUGUACUGCCAGAAACCGAAAUCCGUGUGCCAACGCAUCGCGAAAAUUCAGAAACGCUAUCACCAACCUUGUCAUUUCAGCCUGCACGUGAGGAAGUGCAUGAAGAAAAUUUGAAUUUUGCCUUUACACAAAUUGAUAAAUCAAAUAAUUCCAUUGCAAAUAAUAAUGGAAAAGAAGUAGAAAACACUGACAUCCCGCCUCUCAUUAUUUCCCAGUUAACAGUUGAACCUCAAGUAAUUGAGGAUGUCCCACCCGUGAAAUUGGUUUUGGAAAAUGCUACUCCAAAAUUAGUUCGAAGCAUUACGCGUUCUGAAUCGCUAGAAGAAUCAGUCUUGACAAGCCAAGUCAACCCAGUGAUCGCCCAAGACAUUCCUGCAUGUCAGAGUCCUGUUGUAUUCAUCACGUGUGAUACAAAGCCGGUCGAAUCGCAAAAUCCUGUUGUUCAGAUGGAUGCUGCCCUUAAUUUGAAUACCGAGCAAGAAGCUAGUCAACUAGAUUUGUUAUUACCUCCGGCAUCUUUCAGUGAGUUUCCGCAAACCGUCACGCAAACGGAAGAGCUAAUUGCAGAUUCUUCUGUCAAAUGUGAUGCUUCAGAUGCACGAAUCGGCCAUGAGAAGACGACCCAAUCUCUAGAAGACUGGCAAAUGAUAAAAAAAGAAAUGGAAUCAAAAUUAGAAAACGAAAAGAAAAGACUAGAAAGUUGGUUCGCUAGCGAAAUCGCUCAAAUUAAGGAACAAUUCGAAAAUCAGCUGGCGAGCGAACGGGAGAGAACAGAGAAUUUGAGCAAACUGGUCGAAAAUGCCAAGUCUGAGAAAGAAGAAUUAGCCAAACGUGAAAUAGUUCGUCUGGAAGAGACUUUAGCACAUUUGGUAGAGGAGAAAACCCGUCAAGUCCAGACACAACUCAACAAUGAAGUAUUGCAGUGUAAUAACUCUGUUUUACAUCGGACUGUCGCCCGUCAAGAUGCCAAUGUGCAAACAGAGGAGCCGCCCAUUCCGGUCAUUAGCCUUCCAAUGGAACAAAUGGCGCCUUUGUUGAAGGUUGACAAAAUUGAAACUACUGAAUCGAAUCCUUCAAAAUAUGAAACAAAUUCUCGCUGGGAAAGUCGAGACUCACCUAGACGAGACUCGCGAAUCCAUUGCCAGUGCGACAGCCUUCAGAAACAGGUGGCACGCGUUGAACGGGAAAUGCAACUGCUCAAGCAAAGGAACUUGUCGUUUCAAAAAAAUCCGCCAACAAGGAAAAAGAACACACCCGUCAAGGCUCAACGGGAGCCUUGGUGGUUAGACACUGACGAGUCGACGACAUCGACCACAUCGUCUGUUUCCGAUUGGAGACACUCUAGAGGCAGAAGCCAGUCGAUGACAAACCUGCACGCAAGCAGAGACAGUUUAGCCGGAAAAAAGUCGACGCCCAUUCAACGAGCGCGUGAGGGACUUUCUAAGAGUCAAACGCCCAGGAGAGCGUGGAUGGAAGAUCUAUCCACCGACCAUUCUCUGGGUGACAUGCACACGUCAGGAAUUAGUAGUGCAAUUCCAACGGGCGAGUGGGACACGGUUCUGAGUUCCAUCCAGAAAAUUAGUGGCGAUCUACAGGAAGUGUGGUCUCAUAUUGGACCACGACCAAGACCGUUAUCAUACCACUCUUACCAAAGUCCACUGUGGAUGCCUUCGUCUCAAUCGCUCAUGACUAACGAUCGCGUGCCUCUGCAUUGGUCUUUUAGCGGAUCGACAGCCGAACGUACGCAAGCGCUGAGGCUCUGGUUACAACAAAACAAAACGCAGCAUUCCAAAUCUUUCCUCUGACAGCCAAAAGAAAACAGUAUUAGCCGUCCAAACUUAGGUUUCCUUUUUGUUGAUAACCUUUUUAUUAUCAAAGUCAAAUGUAUAAUCAGUUUUGUAUGGGAAUGAAACGGUCUAAAUGGGA